AUGGCGCAGCUUCGCUUUGCCGCACUUUGUCUACUCGCCUUGGGACAUGCCGGCUUCGCCUUCAUCUUGCUGAUCAUCCUUCUCCUCCGGCUGUGGGAAGGUGAUGUGCUGGUCCAGUGCGGCUUUGGUGGUCGGCCCUAUGUGGACUUCAAAUGCAUCUGCGGAGGAACACUGCCUUACAUCUGCUGGAUCUCAGAGAGCUUCAAUGGCAUCUGGGGCGACGGCGAAGGCAUGGAGCCACGGGUAGUGUGGCAAUCUUGGCUUUGGUUGCUUCUGUCACUGGGUCCUGCAGCAGAGGGCUCCCUACUGAUCCGAGCGCGGGAAUGCUGGCGUGACAUCUUCGUCGGUACCAUGAGCUGGGGAUACCUGCUGUUAGCCCUGCUGCCAGACACGUUGCCAGGCGACUACCUUUGGCUUCACUCCGGGACCGCAUUGCUGGCGCUGGGGACAGCCUUUCUCUUCCAGUUCCUUCUGCCCUGGCGCUGCCUAGGCAUGACGCUGAUGGCCUACAUUGGCUACUACUUUGUGCUCAGCGAGUUUGCGAUUUUGCAGGGCGCGAGCCGACACUUCACAUACGACUGGACAUUCACCCCUGGGGUGCUAAUGGAGCCUGGGUCCCUCGUAAUGGUGAUUUUGGAAUGGACCUUGGCCUUUGGUGCAAUCACCGUUGUGAUCACGUACUGCUGUCAUGAGGCCAAGAAG